AUGCUCACAGACCAGCUGGCCCAGGGGGAAUGGGGUGGGGGAGGACAGAGGGGUAUCAACCAGUUUGGCAACAAGUACAUCCCACAAACCAAGCCCCUCACCUUGGAGCGAACCAUCCCACUGUACCCUCUUACCCAUUAUACUUUUGGUAAAAAAGAGCCCUUCUCUGAGGACAGCUCUGUUGCAGCCAGGUUUCAAUGCAUGAGGGAGGAAUUUGAUAAAAUUGGAAUAAGAAGGACUAUAGAAGGGGUUCUGGUUGUACAUGAGCGCCGGCUACCCCAUGUGUUACUGCUACAGCUGGGAACAACAUUUUUCAGACUACCUGAUGGUGAAUUUAACCCAGAAGAUGAAGUCGAAGGACUAAAAUGCUUAAUGACAGAGACACUUGGUCAUCAAGGCGGAGUCCCACAGGACUGGAUCAUUGAUGACUACAUUGGUAACUGGUGGAAACCAAAUUUUGAACCUCCUCGGUAUCUAUAUAUUCCUGCACAUAUUACAAAACCAAAGGAACAUAAGAAGUUGUUUUCGGUUCAACUUCAAGAGAAAGCCUUGUUUGCAAACCCUAAAAAUUACAAGCUGGUAGCCACACCACUGUUAGAAUUGUAUGACAAUACACCAGGACACAGAUCCAUCAUUUCUAGUCUCCUUCAGCUUUUGAGCAGGUUCAAUGGAGAAGUCAAAGAAGCCAUCUCUGUGAGCACAGCUCUACACCAUAUAGAAUAA